GACAGUUGGAGGGGGUAAUUCGGAGCAGCUAGCAGACAGACAGACGAAAUGGCUUCCGUCCUCCACCACCUCUUCCCGCUCGUCGUCGUCCUCCUCCUCGCGGCCGCUGCCGACGCGGCCACCUUCACCGUGACCAACAACUGCCCGUACACCGUGUGGGCGGCCGCCGUGCCGGGCGGCGGGCAGCAGCUGGACAACGGGCAGACGUGGAGCAUCGACGUGCCGGCGGGCACGACGGGCGGGCGCGUGUGGGCGCGCACGGGCUGCUCCUUCGACGGCAGCGGCAACGGGCAGUGCCAGACGGGCGACUGCGGCGGCGUGCUGCAGUGCGCGCAGUACGGGCAGGCGCCCAACACGCUGGCCGAGUUCGGGCUCAACAAGUUCGACGGCCUCGACUUCUUCGACAUCUCCCUGGUGGACGGCUUCAACGUGCCCAUGGACUUCCUGCCCGCCGGCGACGGCUCCGGGUGCCCCAAGGGCGGGCCGCGCUGCGACGCCGACGUCACGUCGCAGUGCCCCGCCGCGCUGCAGGCCCCCGGCGGAUGCGACAACCCCUGCACCGUGUUCAAGACGGACCAGUACUGCUGCACCGGCUCGGCGACGGACAACUGCGGGCCCACCGACUACUCCAAGUUCUUCAAGGGGCUCUGCCCGGACGCCUACAGCUAUCCCAAGGACGACGCCACCAGCACCUACACUUGCCCCGGCGGCACCAACUACAACGUCGUCUUCUGCCCAUGAGCUCCAUCGAGCUGCUCAAACAUACGUACCUAUAUAGUUGAUCCAGGAGACACGUACGUGAGAAACAAAUAAACUAAACUAGCACACAAAUGAUGAAAUGAAUAAGUUAUUAUGAAUAACUUGUGCAAGAACACAUUACAUUAUUGUUCUUCUAGCUUCAAGGUUGGGAAUUGAAUUAUGUGAAAUAAUGGUAUCAGAUACGUUGUGUACC